AUGGUGGCUUUGGCUCAUAAAUACGCCAGUGGGACCGCCUAUUUACCUGUUUUUGGCAGAUCCCUCUCCCCUGGUCCGAGUGGAGGCCCUCCAAGCUCGUUAUCAGCCAACGAUUCCGUUCCCGAUAACUCUUCAUCAUAUAAACCCAAUCAUCUUCGCGCUUCAUCCCACUCCCCGACCGCCAGUACCUCCACCUCUCUGAAACAGGCGAAGAAGAGACAGAGUGUGUCGCCAGCUGUGGUCACAGGAAUCCUCAACAGCAUGUACGCACACCCCGCGAAUCAACACAUUGGCGCAUCGCCUCAGUCGUCGAGAGAGGAAGGGGGGAAACUUAGGAGGAUAAUGUCGUCGGGAACAACGGAGACGAUGGCUUCGCGCGCCUCGGGUGGCUCGCGCUCGUCGAGCAGCAGAAAGUCGACGAAGACUCUACAAACUUCGCCACUCAGCCGCUCACGUGUCAUCAGCAACAAUGCUAUCCCUGUCGAUCCUCGAGAACCGUCUUCUUCAGACGGCAUCACCGCCAAGGGACAGAAGGCGCCAUCUACCACGAGCUCAAAUGACACUUCCGAGCUAGGAUCUCUUCGCGUCGUCGGACGCGGUGGAUCUGGCUCGCGCCCGCGCAUUGUCGCUCCGCAGCCGGACAGCGCUGAAUCACCUCCGCGCCAGGAGCAGCCUGCUACCUUCUACCGUCCUACCGGACGGGGUGGACUCGGAUCGCGUCAACGGCCAAUCAACCCCACCCCACCUCUCUUGAGUCUGCUACCGCUGCGCAAGAAGCAGAAGGGCAAAGAGAAGUCCAACAGUUUGGGGGUGCAUCCCAUCUCGCCCCACCUCGCGUACCAAAUUACGAACGACGAUACGAGCUCAACACUCAGCAGCCUUCAUUUUACCGGCGAGACAGGCGAACCUGCGCCCAAGUUCUUCCCUUCGUCGCCUUCUCUCAAGACCUUUGGGAGCGACGUAGAUACACCGCCGUUCUCCGCGACUUCUUCGACAUUCGAGAGCAUCUCCUCAAUACCUUCAGAGACUGACUCCGACCUCCACUUUUAUCAGGAUGACCGUCCAAGAGCGUCCUCGGAUGAUCAUCGUACAGGAAACAUGAACAAGUUAGCACGUACCCUCGGCGAUCUCCCCUCGGAUUCGUUUUACGAUGCCAUGACGAAGGAACAGAAGAAUCGGCUCCCAAAACUCACAAUUGAAGAUACGGACCCUGCGAAACCUAAGAUCAAGAUCUCCAAACGCUCAAGCCUCCAUCUUUCUUCCAUGUUUAUUGGGCGUCCCGUGCGGAUACGAGAAUCGAGUGCGACGCUGUCGACCAUGACGAAUGCGGAUCUGCAUCAGCUAGGUCUCUCUGACCAAAUCUCCGAAUCAUGGGGGGAGGUCGAUGCCGAGUCCGUCCAGCGCAGUGAGUCCCCUGGCUCCCCCAUAACUUUCGCCCCACCAUCGCCUGCACCGCAAGGACCCACCACCGCCACGAUGGCCACCUUGCAGAAAUCGACAGCGGCUUCAUCCCUGGAUACGCCGUCGGUCGAGGACCCGGAGUCAGGCUCCGUCACGCCUCUGACCGAAACCCCCACAAGCAUCUCGCGCUCUCAUUCGUUCUCACACGAUGACCGAGCGCGACGGAGGAGUGUCAACGGGCCCGGACACCCGUAUUCUUCGUCGACGUCGUUGAGCGGCGUUACCAGCGCGCCGACAACACCUUUCACGACCGUGUUCCCAAACAAAGCGAAUUGGCUCAUCCCCCCGUCGCCUCAGGAUGAGGAGGCGUUAUUCGCGAUUAAGGGCACCGCCCCCGACAAGCCUCAAGCUUGGACCGGCGAGUGGAACAGCGACAUGCAGGACGUUAUCAGGGCCCUCAGACACCUGCGAUGA